CCCGUAAACAUGGCCGCCUACAGUGCAGCACGGUGCUUAUUGAGAUGUUACUCUCGGGCCAGCGAUGUCCACCGUAACUCAAAGAUGCUGGCCAUAUCCACAAAAAGGAUGCUAUGCAGUGCAUCCGUUGAUAACGGUAAUCGGGAUGUCAGGAAGCCGCAGUUCCAUGAUGAAGAUGUGCAGGACAUUCUUACCAGAAUCACGGGCAUGGAUUUACAGAAGAUAUUCCGACCCAUGAAACAAGAAUUGAAACCACCUGCAUACAAGCUUAUGACAGAUGAACAACUUCAGGAGGCUACACAGAAGGCUAUAGAGGAGGCCAGACAGCGGCUGAAGAUGCCCCCAAUCCUGCCAGAAAGACAGCCCAUUAAUGACAUCCUAGCACACGACAAGAUCCUUGACGGCAUGGAUACAGCAAAAUAUGUCUUCACAGACAUCACCUUUGACAUACCGCACAGAGAACGCUUUAUUGUGAUUCGAGAGCCAAACGGGAUUCUACGCAAAGCAUCAUGGGAGGAGAGGGACAGGGUCCUGCAGAUCUAUUUCCCUAAAGAGGGCAAGAAGCUCACUCCACCACCAAUCUUUAAGGAGGAGAACCUUAAGAUUGCUUUUCAGCAGGAUCGACAUGAAGACAUCUUGGAUAUGUGUCUAGUUCAGUUUGAACCCGACUCCUCAGAUUAUCGGAGGGUGCACCUGGUGACCUACGAAGACAUGGAGAAGCACGGCAAGUACGACCUUCUGCGCUCCACGCGUCACUUUGGAGGAAUGGUGUGGCAUCUGAUCAACGCCAGGAGGAUUGAUGGCCUGCUGGUUGACAUGCUACAGAGAGACCUGGUGCAAGACGCAGUAAGCCUGGUAAGCCUGUUCCACAUGGUCCAUCCACAGAGCGAGUCGGCCAAGGAGGCACGCGAGCAGCAAGCCGCAGGCAUCGACCUGAUCAAGAUUUAUGCCCAGAGGGAGUCCCAUAGGGCGGGGUAUAUCGAGCUGGCUCUGCAGGCCUAUCAGCAGACCCUCUUGGAGAGCUCCAUUUGAUGACCCUGCACAUCUGCACCAAAGCAGCAUACUUUUAUCCAAGGCAAAGGCUCUGGGAAGAUGGUUAAGGCUCCCAGAGUGCACUCGGAUUCAUGGCUGUAGGGGGGGAACUAGGGACAGACUGCAAGCUGAACCAACAAAGGAUAUGACAACAUUUCAAGAUAAUAACCAGGAUAUUAAUCUUGGAUCUCCUAAAAUAGCCUGUUGACUGUUGUGGAAAACCUAUAAUGCAAGCUGUAACAUCAGCCUACCCUACAAACCUUUAUUUACCUUAGCCAGCUUCAUGGAAUCAUUGCUGGGCACCCUACUCUGUUCACUAUACAGUCGUCUUGCUUCUUGUACAUAAAUAAAC